ACCCCCUAUCAGCCUGCCCCCUAUGCAGUGGGCGGGAGCAGCUGAGCUAGGGGAGGUGGUGUUAUACAGCUAGCAGUGCAUGCAGUCUAUGAUUCGCUGGAGAGUGUAUCGGGCCGGAGGCAGGAUGCGUACAGUAACCAAGAUGCAGAUAAUGGCCGCCGUUCUAGUGGGCUUUUUCCUCGGCUACGUUCUCCUACCGUCCACCAUUAGCUUCAGCACGGACGAGGCCGGCCAGGGAGACCCCGUAGGUAAAGGUUUCUACAACGCGAAGCCUAGGGCGGCAGCAAUCCAGAUUUCGCCCGACGGCAGGGAAUUUAUUGUGGAAGGCAGAGCCAAGAGAAUUCUGAGCGGGGCCAUCCACUACUUUAGAGUGGUGCCCGACUAUUGGGAUGACCGCCUGAGGAAACUGAGGGCCUCGGGACUCAACACCGUGGAAACGUAUGUGCCCUGGAAUGCCCACGAGCCAGUUCCUGGUGUGUUUGACUUCACUGGGAUCCUGGACGUGGCAGAGUUCAUAAAGACAGCUCAGCACCUGGGGCUACACGUCAUUGUCCGACCGGGGCCCUACAUCUGUGCCGAGUGGGAAAUGGGAGGCCUCCCUGCGUGGUUGUUACAUGAUCCUAACAUGGUACUUCGCUCCAACUAUGCCCCCUACACCAAGGCCGUAUCUCGGUACUUUACACGGCUGUUUAAGGUCCUGGGGCCCACUCCAGAGCUCGUACGGUGGACCCAUCAUUGGGUUCCAGGUGGAGAACGAGUAUGGCUACUGGACGAAUGACACCACUGCCGGGAGGGCGCACCUGCAGUUUCUGCACAAGGUCAGCUGACAAGGCUAGCUGCGUGUUUGGGCUAUUCACGUCACAGUACAGUCCACCUUAAAGGAGUCGGUCUUGUUUGUGCGUCACACUAUAGUAUCCUGAAAAGGAGUCGGUCUUGUUACGUUUAGAGUAUUCACGAUUUGCAACUUCAACUUUAUUGUUGGAUAUGACACACACACACACGUUGGUAUGACCUACAUACAUACAGCUGUUGCAGACAGUGGUGGGGACGUACAUACUUGCAACACACACGUUGGUAUGACUUACAGGUAAUAGAAAAGAGUGGUGGGAAUGUACACACAUGAAGUGGUGGGGAUGUACUUACAUGUACAUAAUGUACAUAAUGUACAUAAUAUACAUAAUGUACAUAAUAUACACAAUGUACAUAAUGUACAUAAUGUACAUGCAUAAGUUACCGAUGUGCAGAUGUGCAGAUAUUAUGCGUGAGUGUGAUAAGUGGUUAGUUAGGGAUGAAGACAAUAUUCAGCAGUACCAGAGAGACAGUAAUGGCCAUCAUCCAGGAAGACGCUAUCCCCAGAGAAUAGGCACUCGAUUGUGUCUGGAGCUGGCUAAUGCUGUCUUCCACAUCAGAUAUUUCUUUUGUGUUUGCGUUGAUUUGGUUUUCGUUGUCAGUGAUAUCAGAUGCCAGCUGAUCGUGUGUUUCUUGAGACGAUGAAAUGUGCUCUGUCACUUUCCCGUCAAGACUACUGGAUUCAUUCUGUAAUUGUUCCACUUCGACUUUUAGCUCAUUAACCGUUUUGUUCAACGUCCCUAAAUCCCUAUCUAAAUUACCAACCUCAUUUGUUAGUGCAUCAACGUCUUGUUCCUCGACUACUGCAGCGACUGUUUGUACGGUCUCUCCUAGAGUAGUGAGAUCCCGAGUCAAUCGCUGAUGCUACCAUUGAUGUCCCGGGAUAGGUUAGAAACCCGUUUUUCGAGCGCUUUCAAGUCAGACAGGUUAGCUUUGGUCUCCGCGAACAUGUUCACAAUGUCCUGUAGCUCGUCAUGGUGCGUUCUAUUGAUAGUACCGCCAGCUAGAUCGUCUAUGUCAUAUCUAAGUUUUUGGUCUAUCCUGGAUGUGGUGCUUCUUAGG